UAAAUGCAUUAAAAGUAGAAGAACACACCGUGUGAGGGAGGCUAUCGUGUGCAAAAAGCUAUAAUAAACUCUGCUGGUGCUAACUUUCCGAGAGUCUGUUAUCUUUCCACUUUUGCUCAUUAAUUAAUUAUCUCUUCAAGCCUAAACCUUCUAUAUAUAUAUACAACUUAAAGCAGCUUAAUCUUAUUUUCUUUCUAACUUAAAUUAGUUCAAGAACAUUAAAGAUCGAGCUUCCAUUUGGAUCAUAUCAGAUGGGAAAAACUAUGUGGACCAAAUUAAGAUCCUUGUUUAGGAGGAAGACAGAUGUUUGUUUUCUGGUCUCAGGCAAAUCGCACAAGGAGCGUCUCAAUAGCUUGAGCAGCAAGUUAAACGUCGAUGAAGAAUACACGGAAGCAUUCAGAACAAAGUCAUACGUGGAAAUGUGGAGCAAAGCUCAAGGCCAGUUGGGAAGAAGAAGAAGCAUUGAUAGAUCGUCUUCUCUUUCUUUAUAUGUAAAACUGUCUGAUUAUCUGCUGGAACCGCAACAAGAAACCCUAAUGAACAUGAUAAAGAGCUUGCGCUUCCAUCACCUUCUCAUCGAUUACUUUGAAGCUAGCCUAGAAGCCUACGAUAUUUGUGAAUUACUCCUCCGAAGCGUCCAUCAAACUCGAGCUAAUUACCAAAAAAUCCAAAGGGUCAUCAAACUAACCAAAAAGUUGAAUGAUUGUUCAGUUAUAUUUAGACAACUUUCUGCAGUUGCCUCGCUUAAAAACCCAUUAUCAAUCUUCGGCCAAGUGCAUUUCCGCGAUUAUCAUCAUAGCAACAUUAUGUUGCUGAGUAGUUUGACAUCAAAAGGCAAGAAGAUUAGAAGGAGAGCAAUAUGUAAUAAACUUUUCAAAAAAGUAGGAGGCUACAGUCUGGUAAUUCUUCAUAGUGCACUAACAAUUGGGAUGCUGGUUUUUCUACUCCAUAGCAUGGUUGGCGUUGUGGCAGCACCUGGGCUUGUGGCUGGUUGUUUAGUUUUAAUCAAGAGAAAAACCAUGUUGGUUCAUCGACGUUUUAAGACAAGCUUGCUCGAAAGACUCGCUGCGCAGCUUGAUGUUGCGGCAAAAGGGGUUUUUAUAUUGAUCAAUGAUUUUAAUACAAUGAGUCGGAUGGUGAAGAGCUUACAUGAUGAGGUAGAACACUGCGAAGCCAUUGCUAAGAUGUGUGUCAGGAUUGGCAAACCUGAAAUAUUGAAGGAGGUUGUGAAAGAAUUUCAAAUCAAUCAGUCUAAAUUUCUGGACCAGUUAAACGAGCUUGAAGAACACAUUUACUUAUGCUUUCUCACCAUAAACAGAUCAAGAAGGCUUGUUCUACAAGAGAUCAUGGUGCCUCAGCAUAACACGUGAUGACCUUGGUCAGUUUGUUUCUGAAGAUGUAAUAAAAUUCUCAUGAAGAUGGUGACAGUGACUGUAUUGUAUACAAGGAUUGAGUAUUACUUUGCAACAGACUAAGCUGUAUAUAUCCGAACUUCUUUUAUUCUUUUACUAAUUCAUGCCAAAAACUCUGGAGAUAUAAAACAAUAAAA